GGGGGCGUGGCCACGCCUGGAAUCAGGAACAAUCUACACAAGCCGAUUUCGCCUUCUGCAUAUUAUUUUCUGACCAGUCAUCAGACCUGUGAUGUUUUAACCGGAAAGAAAUGUCAACAUGGGCUCUCAACGGAAACACAGCGGCACAAAGGGAGCUUGGGGAAGACUGCCUUUGUGCUUUUUGGCUAGUCUGUCAGUUUGUUUGUGCUUAUGCAGAGCAGAAGACAGUUCGAUGGAGAACAUCGUGACUGAGAAAAAGGCUGAAGAAAGCCACCGACAGGACAGUGCCGACCUGCUCAUCUUCAUCUUACUCCUCACCCUCACCAUCCUCACGAUAUGGCUGUUCAAACACCGCCGAUUCAGGUUUCUACACGAGACCGGGCUGGCAAUGAUAUAUGGAUUGCUGGUUGGGGUUGUGCUGCGUUACGGGAUCCACGUGCCCCGUGACAUCAACAACGUUACUCUGAGUUGCCAUGUCAACGCCAGUCCAGCCACGUUACUGGUCAACGUAAGCGGCAAGUUUUACGAGUACACACUGAAGGGCGAGAUCAGCGCCAACGAAGUCAAGGAUGUUCAGGACAAUGAGAUGCUUCGUAAGGUGACUUUUGACCCAGAGGUAUUUUUCAACAUUCUUCUGCCGCCAAUCAUAUUUCAUGCGGGAUACAGCUUAAAGCGAAGACAUUUUUUCAGGAACAUGGGCUCCAUUUUGGCUUAUGCCUUUGUCGGAACAGUGGUGUCCUGCUUCAUCAUUGGCUUACUGAUGUAUGGCUGUGUGAUGCUAAUGAAGUAUACUGGCCAGUUGGGAGGAGACUUCUUCUUCACUGACUGCCUAUUUUUUGGUGCCAUCGUAUCAGCCACUGAUCCAGUGACCGUCCUGGCCAUCUUCAACGAGUUACAGGUGGAUGUUGACCUCUAUGCUCUAUUGUUUGGAGAGAGCGUGUUAAAUGAUGCUGUUGCUGUGGUGCUUUCCUCGUCCAUUGUUGCAUAUCAGCCAGAGGGAGACAACAGUCAUACAUUUGAAGCCAUGGCCAUGCUAAAAUCAUUUGGCAUAUUUCUGGGAGUCUUCAGCGGUUCCUUUGCUCUUGGAGUGGCUACUGGUGUAAUGACUGCAUUGGUUACCAAAUUCACCAAGUUGCGGGAUUUUCAGCUGCUAGAAACAGCCCUCUUCUUCCUCAUGUCCUGGAGCACAUUCCUGUUAGCUGAGGCUUGUGGCUUUACAGGUGUGGUAGCAGUUCUGUUCUGUGGAAUUACACAGGCUCAUUACACCUAUAACAACCUCUCCCCUGAGUCACAGGACCGGACCAAGCAAUUGUUUGAGCUGCUGAAUUUCCUAGCUGAGAACUUCAUCUUUUCCUACAUGGGCCUGACCCUGUUCACCUUCCAGAACCACGUCUUCAACCCUGUCUUUAUCAUCGGAGCAUUUCUGGCCAUUUUCCUGGGCCGUGCAGCUAAUAUUUACCCACUCUCCUUCCUGCUCAACUUGGGCCGCAGGAACAAGAUAAGCUCCAACUUUCAGCACAUGAUGAUGUUUGCAGGUCUCCGAGGGGCCAUGACGUUCGCCCUCUCCAUCAGAGACACAGCCACAUACGCACGACAGAUGAUGUUCUCCACCACGCUGCUGGUGGUCUUCUUCACCGUGUGGAUAUGUGGAGGAGGCACCACUCAAAUGUUGUCUUUCCAACGAAUCCGUGUUGGAGUCGACUCAGACCAGGACAAUUCGAUUGGCCCUGAUGGAUUAGAGAGGAGGAGCACCAAGCAGGAGAGCGCCUGGUUAUUUAGGAUUUGGUACAACUUUGACCACAACUAUCUUAAGCCCAUUCUGACUCACAGUGGGCCGCCACUCACAGCCACUCUGCCAGCCUGCUGCGGCCCACUGGCCCGAUGCCUCACCAGCCCACAGGCGUGUGAGAACGAGGGCCAGCUGAAGGACGAUGAUUCAGACCUUAUCCUGAACGACGGUGACAUCAGCCUGACCUAUGGUGAUGUCACAGUUAGCACAGAUGCGUCGGGCACGCGCACCAUCAGCAUCCCCGCUGGUGCAGCGGGUGUCCAUUCUGAUGAUGCUCUGGACCGAGAGCUGACCUUUGGCGACCAUGAGCUGGUGAUCCGGGGCACACGUCUUGUGCUGCCCAUGGACGAUUCAGAGCCGCCUCUCCGCCACAGGGAGAUUUGAGUUGCAUGGAAAAAUCCUGAAGGAAGUUCAAAGGCUUUCCUGUCCCUCUCUCCAUCACCACCACAGUCUGGAGUGAUCUCUCUCUCUCUCUCUCUCUCUCUCUCUCUCUUCCUCUCUCUCCCUCUCUCCUUUCCACUAUCCUCUCUCUGAAGUGGCUGGUUUGAUGUCUCUACCUCAUUUGUCAUUUUCUUUCUGCUCCUCCAAACAUGACUAGUGAAAACUUGUCAGGUCUUGCCAUCCAUUUUCUGCAUUUAUUUUCCCACAGCUUGGAUGUUAAACAGUAUGGCAUCUUCAGGCAUUGUGGCAUUGUCUGUCUCAGAGGUUAGCGUGAGAAGUGAUAGAGCAGUGCUUUCUUGUCUGCAUAGUAAGGUGUAAUAUAGCUGUGCAUGCUAAUUUUGUGCUUUCUGUUGGUGCGCGAGGCCUGGUUCAUAUAGGAUUCAAGCUUGGGCAAUGGCAAAACUGUUUGGUAAAGAGUCUUAGACUUUCAAACCACCUUCUUUAACUGAGGGUCAGAACAGAGAGAGGCAUGGUGACCUGGUGGCUCAGUGUUUGUUACGUGGUUGCGAUCAAGUGCCUGUUGAAUGUCAUUUUUACUUAUCCUUGGAGCAAAACAACACUGCCAUCCACUAGAGGGAGGCCUUGUAUCUUAAAACUGAACUCCUCUGUGUGAUGUAGGCUUCAAAUUGGCAACGAGGGACUUGCUGUAGUUUUGAUUGGCUACAGAGGGAUGGCUGUGCAAUCAGAAGGCCCAGAACUCACAUAACUGACCUUUGACUGUGACUCUGGUGGAUUUACACCUCGUUGUACAUGUUCAUGUUAGUCGCAGUAAGAUGUUCUUUUAGUGAGAGUCAUGGUACAAAAUCUGAGGUGCUUUUUUCUGAUUUGUUUGCAUUUUGUAAAAAGUCACAAACAUCUUUUUUUUUAAUUUCACGUUGCAGCUCUAAACCACUGAAAUGACAUAGUGACAUAGUGUCAUGUUUAACGGUGAAUGACUAAAACUAUCCAUCAUCUGUAUUACUAAUAUAAACAAAACUAGAGAUUUUUAUUUUAAAGAGUAUUCUUGCUAGUGUGUGCUAGUGCAGAGCUGCAAGGAUACAGAAAACAACAGUUCACGUCAUUGUGGUUGAUUUCUUUGUAGGCCUUUUAAUGUACUAACCUUGCAUGAUGUGUGCUGUGUGGAGAUGCAUUGCUAUGUAUUCUCCCCCUUUUUUGCGGCAUUUUUGGAUUUUUAUAGCAAAUUGAAAAAUCAUUCUCCAGGAUGGUAAGCAAUGUCAUUGCAGCACAAAUUAUAUUUGUUUGUUUUUUUUGUUUGUUUUUUUUGAGUAUAGAGAGGAGAUGGGUGAAUGAUGAUUUUAAGCAUGCUAUAAAAAGGGCUGAUUGAACAGGUAUUAACUGUUUUAACAUUUGUACUUUUGGUGGGGGAAAGAAUUAUGGAAAUUGACCAUUUCCUGUACGAGUUUAAUGUUAGGGUGUGGUGCAGUGAUGAGAUGAGAGCGUUGAUGGGUGUGAGUGCAACUGUACAUUUGUUACAGUUAUUAUAUGUGUAUAUCUGAAUAUAUAGUGAACCAUGAGAUAAAUAAAAUAGUGUGACUGAUUUUAAUACACUGUCUAUUAAAAAGGAUAUAAAAUUAGAUAAAAAGGUGAGAACAACCCAUUUAAGAGAUUUUUGUGUUGCAUUCUUGUUUCUUAAAAUUCAGCUCUGUGUGUGUGUGUGUGUGUGUGUGUUCAUAAAACAAACUGGAUAUAGAAACUAGAAGGGUGGCUAUUGCCUUGAAUGGAAGGUGCUGGCACCCAUAAUGCAAAGGGUCCCCUGAAUGAAGCAGCAAACGUAGACACAGUUAGUGUUGCACUGUUGCUGUGGAUGAAGGCCCAUGAUGGACAAGGCAAGAGAGCGGGAGAUGCAGAAACGGAGAAUGAGUGACGGUCAUCGAAAAGAAGAGUAAACAAGGCUUUCAGCAUAGCGUUAUCUCCUGCUGUGCAGGACAUUUUCCCAGAGGGCAAUGUAGCAUUCCUUUAGGCCUGCCUCUAGAUAACAUGGCCCACAUGAGGCGUUUAUAUUUGGAUGGCCACAAGAUGAAGGAAUUUUUGCACUUGGUUUUCUUGCCUUGUUUUCUUUUUUUUUUGUUACAUCGUGAAAUAUCUAUUUAUUUAAUCGUCUAAUGGUAGAUGAUUUUCAGGUGAAAGUGACGAAUAGACCUGCUGUUAGACUGAGAUCAUCUUUGCGUUUUUUUGUCAUGUGAAGGAAGACUUUAGUAGACAAGCAUAUCUCAGUAUCUUAAUGUCAAUACCAGCCACACACAUAUGCGCAAGAAUAUCAAGGUUGGAAAUAAUGCACUCAAUGUCUCUACUUGUACUAUUUUGAUUGGCCAUGCAUCUGUGAGGGGAAAAAAAGAGCUCAAAAUGAUAAAGACUUAAGAUACGCAAGAUUAUUUUAUUGUCUGUUUCUGAAAUGUGCUGCAACUUGCCUAAAAAACUGGAUUCACAAAAAAGCCACUUAGGUAUUAUUGUCCUUUCUGGUCAUGGAAAUGGAGCAAUAUUUCCCUAAGAAAAAUGCAUUUUCCAUCCAUUUUUGCUUCACAGUUUUGAGCUUGAUUUUUAUUUUUUUUUGAGCAUUGAGGGUUCAGGUUCUGCUUAUUAAAGAAUGUAAGUCUGUGUCCAGCUCUACUGUUCUGCUGCUGCUUGUCCAGGAUAACUUUAUAAUUAGCUUCAGUGUCCAUGGCCACUACAGCACUUUUUUAUUGGUGAUCGCUUGUCUUACACGUUUGACUUGUAACAGAAAGAAGCAGAUCGACACGCAGAUUUGCCUACAGAAUGUUGUGUUUUUACUGAUAUGUAGCCGAGUGCUAGUCACAUCAUGUGCAGCCUCUGUUAUUACAUGUUGCAGGUACUGACUGUUUACAUAUGUGUAAAUAUGAUCAUCUGUUCAUGUGUGUGCAAUGAUCAAUAAACAGAAGCCUGUGCUUUCAACUAA